AUGGUACGCGUGCGCUCCACGUAUGAAGAUCAAGAGUUUGUCGAGACCUUUAUCGUCCUGGAUCUGGACGAUAAGUUUGACAUUGUGUUGGGCAUGCCGUGGCUUGCACGGCAUGAUCCGGUCAUCGAUUGGGAGAAGCGCACUCUCGUGCGCUUCGGUCGCGACAGCUACGAUUGCGCGCGCGGUGUCGUCCCCGACGACACCGUGCUCGGUGCAGACAUGCCGGAGCAGGAGCUGCCCGCUCUGGAGGACGGCACGCCCGCUGAGGGCGACUACGAGCUGCUGGCCGCGUCACCGCCCGAGCAAGAGCGCAACCAGGAUCAGAACCAGCACAACGAAGACGACGACGAGGAGUUGCAGCGCCGCCAGCGCGAGGACAUGGAUAUGAACUCGCGCACACCCAUCGCCUUUGAGGCGCUGGCAGAGCGCACGCUCUUCCUCGUUGCACGCAGCUCGAGCUACGCGGCGCAGAUCGCCGGCAAGUGCCACAUGUUCUGGAUUCAGGUGCAGAUGGCUUCAACAGGGCGCCGCGCGAACCCGUCAACGGUUGUGGGCCGCGUGAGCUUCAGAUUCGGCAGCUCGGGGUACAGCAGCGACAACUCGGACGAGCUGCGGGCCGUGGCGCUCCCACUGUUCCAGUCUGGCGAGGAGAAACGCAGACUGAGGAGACACACGCCGCUCGGCACCAAGAAUUACGAGUUCGAACCCACGUACACCUUUGACAAUCUGGCGCUGGGCAGCAAGGCGGACGACUACACUGGUGUCACGCAGGAUUUCGAUGAAGACCUGAAGCAGUAA